AUGGGCAACCCAAAGGAAGCAAAACUAGAGGAGCAACAGGCUCCCUUGCUCCCUCAAUACUCUGAUGAUUCAGAUACCAUCAUUGGCGACGAGAAGAUAUAUACUCCUCCCAGCACUGCUUCAAACAGUGGUGAAUCCCAGCCAAACCUCCAUGUAGAAGCAGUGGAAGAUUCCCGUGAGAACGACCGUCUCCUCAGCUCUCCGCCACCAGGUUACCGUGAUACACCGAGAUGCCAGACUGGUGAUGUAAAAGUAGACAUCAAGGAUGACUCUAUCGUCAAGGCCGACGUUUCGCCUGAUGUGCCAGGCCGACGAUGUCGUGGGAGAGGCCGAUUCUGUCGCUGGUGGAAGGAAAGAUGCCAACGUCGUCGCCUUGAGAAUGGCCAGUGUCGAGGACGGUCUUGUUGCAUGAAGAUGCUUGUUGCUUUAAAGGUUGUCUUCAUCGUCUGGGUUUCUCUUUGGCUUGUCCGCUGGGCCACCGUUGGUUUCAUGAGAAGACACCAUCGCCAUCAUCACAAUUACCACAAUCAUGAUGAUUCCGGUCAUGGUUGUCAUUCAAACUCCUCUCGAGAAAUCGUUGUUCGAGAAAGGACCGGUUCUAUCUAUGGAAUUUAUCCUCUUUACGAUUUACUCGACCUCGAGACCAGGACUGGAUCCGUUUACGUUACCGUCAUACCCCAGCCAGCAGAUCCAAAUGACCCCCUUCGUCCCGCAAAGAUUUCUAUCAAGUCUAGAUCUGGUAAUAUCUCUGUGAGGUUCAAGAUGCCUGCUCCCGCUGCAGCCGUGGACGCUGCAUCUCCCAAAAAUGAACUUGAUAGCAAAGCUCAGCUUGAUAUGCUAAAAGCUGCCUAUCUUGAAGAACCGGCCAUGAACCAUGCUUCAUGGCAAGUCGCAUCCUCCCUUCCCCCUCGCCCGUAUGAGAUUGAUAUCCAGACCAGAAGUGGUAACAUCUUUGCUGUUGUCGGAUUCUCCACCCAUGCUUCGUUCUCAACUCGCACAGGCACUAUCAGUGCUCACCUAACCCCGCUCGUCUUUGAAAAUACCAUCUUAAAAGACUCGGAGUGUAAAGAUUGCGAUGACGUCUCUAUUCGCACUCAUACCCGCUCAGGAAAUGUAUGGCUGUCAGUUACCGAACCAUCGUUCAUUGCCUCCGAGAAGCGUGAGAAUGCUCCAGAGGGCACAGCCAACGCUGCGGACGGUAAGCAUCUGGACACUCGCAAAAACCACCACAACAGACCAAAUAAAUGGGAUCGUAUCCUAGAAGCCCUCAACAGAAAGCCCAGCAUUGCCGAGCCCAAACCAUGCUCUCGUUCAGGGCUAAAGGCGAGCUCCUAUCAUACUAGCCGUUGGUCAGGCAAUAUGGCUAUCUCCUAUCCCCAUUCUUGGGCAGGUAAUGUCCUCGCCAAAACUCGCAGCCCAGGACAUAUUUUCCUCCGAGGUGACGGGCUUGAGGUUACUGAUAGAUCUGGGAAAGGCAAAGAGUUGGUUGGCACCAAAAUGCCUACAGUUGGACGUGAUGACAAGAUGAGCUGGUGGGGGAGUGAAGGAAAUAUGGAUGUGUCCAUUAACGUGCGUAGAGCAUCCGUGGAGUUUAAAGUAAGAGAUUAG